AAGGGCUCCAAUUUGAAGGUUUAACCACCUAGGAGUUGAUCAAGGAUUGCUCAAUUUCAAGCUUCUCUACCACUUGAAGUGUCGAAAGGAAGAAGUUGAAUGGAAUGAUGAAGACUUGGGGAAGAUCAUGAUCAACAACAAAGCAAUCAACAUGUUUAAAUGUGCUCUCAAUCCAAUUGAAUUCCAUAGAGUAUCCAUAUGCGAUACGGCUAAGGAGAUGUGGGACAUGUUGGAGGCAAUACAUGAAGGAACAAGUCAAGUGAAGGAGUCAAAAAUCAAUACACUCAUUCACAUAUAUGAGCUUUUCAAGAUGAAACUGGAGGAAAGCAUUCAAGAUAUGUAUACAAGAUUGAAUGAUAUAGUCACCAAUCUUAAGGCACUUGGUAAAGUUUAUCCUAAUCAAGAAGUAGUGAGGAAGGUUCUUAGAAGCUUGCCUAAGAGUUGGGAAGCCAAGAAGACCACUAUUGAAGAGUCUAAGGGUCUCAAAACUCUCAAGCUUGAUGAUCUUAUUGGAAACUUGAUGACAUAUGAGAUUGAUGUUCAAGUUGAUGGUAAAGUUGAAGUAGUUGAGAAGAAGAAGAAUGUUGCAUUGAAGACUAGCAACCAAAAGGAAGAGAGUGAAGAUGAUGCUUGUGAUGGGGAAGACAUCUCUGCCUUGAUCUCUAAAGAAGUGAGAAGAUUCAUGAAGAAGAACUUCAAGAGUAAACUUGCAAAAAGAGUUGAAAAAGAGUCUAGCAAAAAUAAUGUAAAGUGCUAUGAAUGCAACAAGAUGGGGCAUUAUAGAAAUGAAUGUCCUCAAUUGAAGAAGGUUGAGAAGAAAGACAAGAAGAACAAGAAGAACAAAAAGAAGAAAGCUUUUGCCACCACUUGGAGUGAUGAUGAAACUAGCUCAAUGGAAAGUGAAAGCUCCUUGGAGAAUGGUGUUGCAAAUCUUUGCUUCAUGGCUCAAAAGGAUAGCAACAAUGAUGAGGAGGUAAACUCUAACUUCUCUAGUUCAAUUAAUGAAAGUUCAUUUGAGUAUUCUUAUGAUGAUUUAUGCAAAGUUCUUGAUUGCUCUAUGAAUGACAUUAAGAAACUAGGAAAUGAGAAUCUUGCUCUUACUAAAACCAUUUCAUUGCUUAGGAAUGAGAUUGAAUCUCUCUCAAAACAAAAUGAGGUGUGCCUUGUGAGCAAAAUGAAGAACAAAUGGUAUCUAGAUAGUAGAUGCUCAAGGCACAUGACGGGUGAUCCUUCACAAUUCUCAUCACUUAUGCCUUUGGAUGGUGGAACCGUGACCUUUGGUGACAAUGGAAAAGGAAUUGUGAAAGGAAUUGGUAAAAUUGGUAACAAAUCUAUUUCUUUUCAUGAUGUUUGGUAUGUGGAUGGAUUGAAACAUAACUUGCUUAGUAUUAGUCAAUUAUGUGAUCACAUGCUUAGUGUUGUGUUCUCUAAAUCUCAUUGCAAGAUUAUUGAUUCUAGAAAUGAUAAAGUGUUGUUUGUUGGAAAGAGACUUUAAAAUGUAUAUGUGAUUGAUUUGCAUGACAUAGAUGCUAAUAUUUCUCUUGCUUCUAUAUCUCAUGAUGAUACUUGGUUGUGGCAUAGAUGAUUAGCACAUGCUAGCAUGAGUGUUAUCUCUAAGUUAUUAAAGCAUGAUCUUGUUG